AUGCACACCCAUCUACAAACCCGCGCAAACCGCAACCUCACCCUCACCCUCUCCACCUUCCUCGCCGCCACACACACCCUCUCUCUCCUCGCCCUCUCCCAACUCCCCCCCUCCACAUCCUCCUCCCUAACCACAAACCUCACCCUCUACCUCCUCACCUCCCUGCUCAUCUCCCUCCUCGCCAUCUACGGCACCUACCGCCCCACGCCCUCCCUCCUGCUCAUCUUCGCAAACCACCUCCUGCUCGACGCCCUGCUCUGCACCGUCCCGCGCUUCUUGCUGCUUGGCUUGUUUGCCGGGCUGCCCCGCUCGCUGUGUCAUGGUGUUGUUGCUGUUGAUGGUGCUGCUGUUGAUGGUGCUGGGAUCAGUAGUAUUGCGGGUGGUGCGGGCCAGCAGCAGUGUCGCGUCGUCAUGUGGGCGCUGGCUGGGGUUGGCGUUGUGCUGUUGGUUGGGUGGACGGCAUUGCAGUGGGUGUGUGCGUGGCGGGUGCGUGCGUUUGCUGUUGCCUGUGAGCAGGAGCAGCGGUUGCAGGCGGGUGAUGGGUUGAUGGUGGUGGUAGUGGAGGAGGAGGAGGCGGAGGCGAAGAAAAAGCAGAAGAAGACGGACAAGGAUCAAGAUGAGAAGACGGAGAAGGAGAGCUACCUGCUUGAAGUUUGA